CAAAUCCCCCAAAUUCCCCCCAAAUUCUCGCCCAGGCCCCCCCAGGACCCCCCAUGGCGGAGGCCCCCCGCCCCCCCCCCAGGACCCCCCCCGCGACCCCCGAGAGCGACCCCCGGGGGGGGCUGGGCAGGCUGGCCCCGCCCCGGUGGGCGUGGCGCUGGCUGGAGGCGCGGCGGGCGGGGCUCCGGCCCUGGGGGGCGUUCCUGGACCAGCGGCGUUUCGGGGUCCCCCGGGAUUUGGGGGAGCUCUGCCGGCGCCUGGGGCACAACGCCGAGAGGUUCCAGAGCAACUACCUGCUGCUGUUCCUGGGGCUCGUCACCUACUGCCUGGCCACCUCUCCCCUGCUCCUGGUCGCUCUCGCCGUUUUCGUCGCCGCCGUCGUCGCCGUCCGGACCCGGGAGGCGCCGCUGGUGCUGCUGGGUCGCGAGCUGAGCCCCGCCCACCAGCUGGGCGUGGCCGGGGUCUCGCUGCCGCUGUUCUGGCUGGCGGGGGCGGGGGCCGCGGUCUUCUGGGUGCUGGGAGCCGCCCUGGUGUUUUUGGGGUCCCACGCGGCGUUCCGGCAGCUGGACCCCCCCGAGAGCCCCGAGCUGCAGAUGGAGCCCGUGUGACCCCCCCCAAAAUCCCCUGAAAUCACCCCAAAAUCACCGCCCCAAAAUAACCCCAAAUCACCACCCCCAAAUCCCCUGAAAUCACCCCAAAAUCCCCUGAAAUCACCCCAAAAUCACCGCCCCAAAAUCACCCCAAAUCACCACCCCCAAAUCCCCUGAAAUCACCGCAAAAUCCCCUGAAAUCAGCCCAAAAUAACCCAAAAUAACCCAAAAUAAUCACCCCAAAAAUCCCCGAGCUGCAGAUGGAGCCUGUGACCCCCCGAAACAACCCGAAAUCCCCUGAAAUCACCCCAAAAUCACCGCCCCAAAAUAACCCAAAAUAAUCACCCCCAAAAUCACCCCCAAAAUCCCCUGAAAUCACCCCAGAAUCAGCCCAAAAUUAACCCAAAAUAACCCAAAUCCCCGAGCUGCAGAUGGAGCCCGUGUGACCCCCCCAAAAUAUCCCAAAAUAACCCAAAAUCACUCCAAAAUCAUCACCCCAAAGUAACCCAAAAGAAUCCCCCCAAAAUCACCCCAAAAUCCCCUGAAAUCAGCCCAAAACCAUCACCCCAAAUUAACCCAAAAUCAUCACCCCAAAAUCAGCCCAAAAUCCCCUGAAAUCACCCCAAAAUUGCCUCAAACAUCACCCAAAAUCAACCCAAAAUCAUCCCAAAAUAAUCAGCCCCAAAUCCCCUGAAAUCAGCCCAAAAUCAGCCCAAAAUUCACCCAAAAUCAUCACCCCAAAUUAACCCAAAAUAACCCAAAAUUAACCCAAAACAAUUACCCUAAAUUAGCCCAAAAUAACCCAAAAUAAUCAGCCCAAAACCCCCUGAAAUCACCCCAAAAUAAUCACUCCAAAUUAACCCAAAAUCAACCCAAAAUAACCCAAAAUCAUCACCCCAAAAUCCCCUGAAAUCAAAGCCAAAUUAGCCCAAAAUAACCCAAAACUGACCCCAAAAUAACC